CUUGGACAGAUAUUUAGGGAGAGAACGAAGCCCUAGAUCUCAAAUCCGGGCCUCCUCCGUCUCGAAGGGGAGGAACUCUCGUCUCGCAGCCGCCUCCGCAACCGGGAACCAUCGCCAUGUCGGACGAGGAGCACCAUUUUGAAUCCAAAGCCGACGCUGGAGCGUCGAAGACCUAUCCGCAGCAAGCCGGAACCAUCAGGAAGAAUGGCUACAUCGUUAUCAAGAACAGGCCUUGCAAGGUUGUGGAGGUUUCUACCUCAAAGACUGGUAAGCAUGGCCAUGCAAAGUGUCACUUUGUUGGCAUAGACAUUUUCACUGCAAAGAAGCUUGAGGAUAUUGUGCCUUCUUCUCAUAACUGUGAUGUUCCUCAUGUUACUCGUACUGAUUAUCAGCUGAUUGAUAUAGCUGAGGAUGGAUUUCUUAGCCUGCUGACUGAAAGUGGUGGCACCAAAGAUGAUCUGAAGCUUCCUACUGAUGAAACCUUGCUGACUCAGAUCAAAGAAGGUUUUGCAGAAGGUAAAGAUCUGGUUGUGAGUGUCAUGUGUGCCAUGGGUGAAGAACAAAUAUGUGCACUGAAGGAUAUUGGACCCAAGUAGAUUUAUUUGUUUUGGAAGUUGAUUUUAAGUUGUGAGAGUUUCUAAGAGCUACAGCAAGGAGCUCUUUUAGAGUUCUUUCAGACUUGAGAAAUACAUAGAGUUGUAAGACUUCUUCUAUCAUGGUUUGGCUUGUGUCACAUCAACCAUGGGGUAUGUUUUGCUCACUUUUUGGCACUACUACCUGUUUCUAUGUUCUUAUAUUUGUUAUUCAGAUUGGAGAUUUCCCAGUCAUGGCAAGGAUUUAUGCAACUUAUUA